UGUGUUUGUGUGGGAGGGGUUUAAUCAUCUUAAGGCAGGUUGUUUGUCUCACCUGAACAGUGACACACAGUGACGACAACAGUGCGCGAGAAUACUUCGGCAAACAGAAUGUCUUCGAAGCCGAACGGGAGUCCUCCGCCCUAUGAUUAUCAUACUGAGGAUGGAUAUAAUGUUGCCCCUCAGCCUGCGUACUCGUACUACCCCGACGAUGAGUUCCAGCAUUUCUACCGCUGGACGUCUCCGCCGGGCAUCAUAAAGAUCAUGUGUGUGCUGUCGGUCAUCCUCUGCGUGGGCAUCUUCGUAUGCGUGGCCUCCACUCUGGCCUGGGAUACGAAUGCUGGAGCAGCUGGAUUCGGAGGCUACGGAGGUUCUUAUGGAGUCGGCUCCUAUGGUGGCUCCUAUGGUGGCUCCUAUGGUGGCUCCUAUGGCAGCGGCGGCUUUGGGGGAAGUGGAGGCUACGGUUAUGGGAUCCUAGGAUCUCAGAACGACCCCAGGCAAGGAAAGGGUUUCAUGAUCGCGAUGGCGAUCAUCACCUUCAUCGUUCUGCUCGUCAUCUUUAUCAUGAUCAUCUCGCACCAGAAAGUGGCCCAGGGCAGGAAGUUUUAUCUGGCCGUCAUCAUCACCAGUGCCAUCAUGGCCUUUCUCAUGUUUGUUGCCACCAUAGUCUACCUGGUGACGAUUUACCCAAUGGCCCAGACGUCCGGAUCAGUUCAGUUCAAUCAAGUGUACGCCAUGUGUGCCGCUUACCAGCAGCCGCAGAUGUCGGGUGCAUUCGUCAAUCAAUAUCUGUAUCACUACUGCGUCGUGGAUCCUCAGGAGGCAAUCGCUCUAGUUUUGGGCUUUAUUGUCACCGCGGCCCUCAUUAUCAUCAUGGUUUUUGCCAUUAAAACCCGUCAAAGGAUCAAUUAUCAUGGGAAGGACAACAUCCUGUGGCGCCGUGUGAAAGAAAUCGACACAAACUCACCACAGGAUGUGGAGGAUUGGGUGAAUGAUGUGAAUGGCGUCCCUGAUCCACUGCUGGCUGACUAUCCCAUGAAGUUCGGAGGGUCUACAAAUGAUCUAGAUGACAACAGCACAAAUUAUGACAAACCUCCCCACAGUGAGAGUCCUGUGGAGAUUCGGCAUGAGCUGCCUGUGCGUAGUUCAGUCCCACUGAGCAGCGGUUCAGAGUUCAGCAGCUCUGCAGGACGGCCCAAGAAACGCCGCGCUGGACGCCCGCGUACCGCCGACGGCCGGGAUCGUGACACAGACUACGCCUCUUCUGGAGAUGAGCUGGAUGAUGAGGACUUCUUCAGUGAAUUCCCUCCCAUUGCUAAUAAUGAAGAGAGAGAAGAUUACAAACACCUGUUUGAUAAAGACCAUCAGGAGUACAAGGAGCUGCAGGCAGAACUGGACCAGAUCAACAAGCGUCUGGCUGACGUGGACCGAGAGCUCGAUGACCUGCAGGAGGGCAGCCCUCAGUUCCUGGACGCCAUGGACGAGUACAACGUGCUCAAAGACAUGAAGAGGGGCGGAGAUUACCAGGUGAAGAAGAAGAGGUGCAAGCACCUGAAGGCCAAACUAAACCACAUCAAGAAGAUGGUCAGCGAUUAUGAUCGCAGAUGCUGAAGGAAAGAGCUACUGGACAGCAGUGAGAGAGCAUAGAUGUGUCGGCGUCUGUCCAGAUGUGUGGGUCAUUGCCAUUCGUGAGCUGGGCUGUGUUGCUUUCUGGACAUUCGAUUGAUAAUGCAUGUAUUAUCAAUUAUUAAACAAUUAAAUUUGAUUUGAUAAUGCAUGUAUUAUCAGUUAUUAAACAAUUAAAUAUUAACAGCUUUCUGAUGCAUGUUGCUUAAUGCAAUAUUUUCCCAGAAUCCUUCAGGGAAGUUGUAAAAUCUGUUUGUUCCAAAUGUCUGAUUAGCUGUUACAGAUUUAACAUGAACUUGUUGUUGUUUCAGUACAACUGUUUGUUUUAGUGUUUUUAAUAGUUCCUCAGAGGUUUCUUGGUGGUUAAAAUAAAUGUGCCAAAUAAUCUGACCAGGUGGGUGGUGUGAACUCUUAAUAACCAUUUUUGUUUGUACUUUAAUCAAGCUGUGAUCAGUUACAGAUAAAAAUUUAACAAUUAGUCUUUUAAGCUGUAUUUAUGCCAUUUUAAGAACUUUUUACAUGCUGUUAUGUAAAUAUGUAAUUUAAAUGUUUAACCUUUAGAUUUUUCCUUUUGUUGUUUUUGAACUUUAAAUAAAAUCAUUUUUAUCGACAAUAAAUGUGACUGUAUACAUUUACCAGUA